AUGCUCUUCCGUGCUAAGCCACUUUCACCACCGCCUCCUGUUGUUCAAUUGCUCGCGCACACUGACAUCCAGUCGCCAAACUUACCUGCGCUCCUGAUGCACAAUGACGUGAAAGACAGCCCUCCCCUCGCGUUCAGGGAGAAUGCCAUCAGUAAAACUUCGCACAAGCAUGCGCCAAAGAAGAUGGUCAGCUUCGAGCCUGCUAGCCUCAAGACGUGUCCUCCCAUAGCUCAAGUGCACCAGCCAUCAAAACCGUUGUCGAAGCCUCCCACGCAAGCUCGUACUCCCACCAGCGACUUGGAGGAGGAGGAAUUCGAGGAGCAGACCUUGAAGCUCUCGCUCUGCGUCCCUCCUGGUGGUCCUUCUCACGUCAAGGACUCGGACUUUGCGAUCUUGACUGGGUGGAGCAAAGAUUUCAUCGCCGAAUUCCAGAAUGCGGUCGAGAGUCUCGCCAGCAAGAAGUUCGACCCCAAUCAGUCCUUGAGCAAGCAAGAUCCAGAAGUCAAGGCGCAAGUCGUUUCUGAAAUCCAGGAAGCGUAUCCUAUUGUGAACAAGUACAUAGACCUCUGGCCCCUUGAAAAGGCACUUAUUCGUGCCUGCAAGAAUUCGUCUGCCAAGGAGGCGAGAAACUCGGAGAAGGCCGUCGUCAAGACACUCAAAAAAAACUUGCGACCACGCAGUCGUGUUCGACUUAUCUUGGGUCCCAAUGCGGAUGUCUCUAGCAAAAGAAAAGCAGCCCCCACUCCUGAACAUCAUAAACUCGAUGAUGCUCGUUCAAGCGAGCAAUACCACAAGCAGGCUGCGACAGAAGCUAGACAGCAGCGUCGUGCUGCUAUUCAAGAGAACGACAAUCUUCGAGCUCAACUCAGCGCAGCUCAGAAUGAUGUCCUUGCUCAUCAGGAUGAAGUGCGUCGUUUGCACAUUCUGAUCGAGGAAGGCCGCAGCAAGCUUGAGGAGAAGAGUCGCGACGAAGGCGACUUGCAUGCUCAGAUAAUGCACGACCAGGACAGAUUGGCAGAUCUGCUACAACGAGUUACAGCUGCUCAAAACCAAGCAGCUGAAGCAUCUACGCAAUCCUAUCGCGCCCAGGAAACACUUAACGUGCGCGACGAGGAAGUCGAUCGACUUCGUGCUGAAGUGUGCGCGCAAGAGGAUGAAGUCGAGCGCCUUCGACAACAGAUCAAGAUGGCAGCACGUACUAAAGCACAACCCUUGACGGUAAAGCGCCGAGGACGAGUCAGCACCGAACUGUUCAACCCAGGGCGGCCAUCCGUGAUGGAACUCCCACUCGAUCCUGCGCCUCUUCCAAACGAGCGCCCUACGUUGUCAGCUCCUACGUCCGAUUCGGACCCCGAUUCGAGCCCCGAUAUGGAAAUUGAGGCAAUUGCAGCCAAAUUGGACAUGGACGUUGGAGAAUUGGCCAAAUUCUUGGCUGUGAUGAAGCUUGUAAACGGCAAGAACGUAAAUGUUGCCAUAGGGCCGUCAGAAGCAGCAGGACGCAAAGCAAAGCCCAAGGCUAAAGCAGACGCGAAAGCAGCCGUGGCGCCACAGGACAAGGAGCUAGUGAACGUGGCCCAUGCCAUGAUGCGCAACAUAACUUAUCGCAAGUUCGGAUACAACCAAGCGUCGGAUUUUAUCUUUCACGUCUCCGCGACAGAGGAUGAGGUCAGUGCUUUCGCCGAGAACGAUGAAGCCACUGUCACCAAAUGGCAAUUUGAUUUCAAUGAUGACUACACGAAUUCAGCAUGGAACGCGGCUCAGAUGGAGAGACUGGUGGAUGAGGCCGUGAAGGAGGACUACGCUGGAAUGCGAUACCUUCAGAAAGGUCUCAUCAAGCGCGAGUAUCUUGAGCUUAUUGUGACCGAGCAGCUCGCGCGGUACUAUGCGGAGUGGAAGCAGUUCCGCCCCAGGUGGGACAUGGAGGAAGGUCGCAUGGAAACAAAAGCCGAAGCAAUUGCUCGCGGCAAAGUCGUAUUGUACCACCGGCGCACGUUGUCCAAGACCAUCAAUGGACAGCACAACAAAUACGACCAUCGUCGCACCACCGUGGAGGCGACAAUCGCAUUGAAGGAGGCAGACGGUGGGAACGAUCUAACAACCUGGAAGAGAAUGCUAGACCUGCUGGACCUGCUCGGUCCAAGCGGAAUGUCCGAGGAGGAAGAGACGCAUUCGAUUGAGAAGGGUGCAAAGAUCAAGGUUUACAAGAUCAAGUUGUGCGUUUGGCGCGAGCCCGCAAUUGUGGACUACAUGCGCAUGGUGGACGCGCAGACUAUGCGUUUUCAAGCCCUUCAUAACGGCACCAAGCCCGCUCCUCGUGUGCGCGCUCAGACGCACGGCGACAGACCUCCGCCCAAGGGACUUCCAAAAUGCCUGUACAAUCCGGAGUGGCUGGAAUCCCUUUCUCCGAGAGAGGUUAGGGCUCUGAAGGUGUCGAAGAAUGCAUUUGCGCUAUUUGUAGCGGCAACUGAGCGGAUGGCAAAAUAG